AUGAAACGAGCCAACGACAAAGUACAACUAAAAACAGUUGAAGACAGGCGCGGCGCGGUAACGUGCGUCAAAAGCAGGGAUAAUACAAGCAGGCGGCAUGCUGGCGUAGACACAAGCGUCGCCAGGGCCGCCUGGCUUGGCGCCAGGCCGGCGGGCGGCGGGCGGCUGCUAACUAUUGGGAUUCCUUUAAAUUGUAACGCCUUCUUAGAACGCAGCAACGCAGCCCUCCACAAAUGCCUCGAGUGA